AUGUCCGUGGGUCAGGGCCAGAUUUAUUGCGGGCAAAGGGAUCUCCUUGGAGGCAAAAAUUUAUUGAAAGUCCAUUCAAUUUGUUCGAUGAAGAAUCCCUUCCUAGGGGCGCCAUCUUCAAUCCCUCCGCAAAGGGGAUCUUUUGUUCCACCAUCGACAUCAAAGGUUCGAGUAAUACUGCGUGUUCGGCCAUUUCUUGCCUUGGAGCGGGAAACAGAGUCAGUAUCUGCAAUUAGGAUGACGGGAAAGAACUCGGCGGAAAUUGCAAAUCCAAGAAAUGCCUCAGAGGCACUGAUGUUUUCCUUUGAUGGAUGUUACGAACCAGAAACCUCAAACUCGGCCCUAUUUAGAUUGCAGAUAAAACCGAUGCUUUCCUCUUUGCUUUCAGGCAUCAACAUGACCAUUUUUGCAUAUGGAAAUACGGGCGCCGGGAAAACAUUUACAAUGGAAGGAACCCCAUCCAGUCCUGGUUUGAUUCCAUUGGUAUUGCAGGAAUUAUUUGAUUCCUCCAAUAGCUCGGAUGUCAUUUUCAAGAUCUCCUUUCUGGAGAUUUACAAUGAAAAGGUUUAUGACCUGCUUACGGGCUCCGGAUUAGACCUGCAGAUCAGAGAAGAUCAAAAUAAGAACAUCUUUAUUUCUAAUCUUACAAAUGUCCGCGUCUGUUCAUUUGAARAAUUUGCCAGCCACUGGGAGACCGCCCGAAGACAUCGCAAGUCGGCCUCAACAAAGCUAAAUCCAAACUCCAGCAGGUCACACUCCUGCUUGACUAUUGAAUCAGGAAUCCAGGGAGCCGGGUGGCAUUCCCCUCGUCGAAGAGCCCAUCGUCUUGCCAAAUUGCAUCUAAUUGAUCUUGCAGGCUCCGAGGAUAACCGGAGGGCAGAAAACAUCGGAAUUCGAAUGUCGCUAUUUGUACUGUCAAAUGUUGUGGACGCCCUAAAUGCUGGAUCCCCUCGAAUUCCGUAUCGAGACUCAAAAUUGACUAGGCUUCUGCAGGAUUCGCUUGGCGGUUGCUCAAAUGCGCUUAUUGUGGCAAAUGUUUCGCCAAGUGUUAAACACUUGGCAGAGACUACUCACACUCUAAAUUUUGCUUCCAAAAGUAGGCAAAUUACCAACAGUCCCGUAAUAAACGAGAUGCCGCAUAAAGGAGAUGUCAAAGCUAGAAGGCCAUCGCCAUUGAUCAGCACUCCGCCGGCCACGUCGCUUUCUUCCGAUAUUAAGGAUAACUUUGAGCUUUCUCAAAGGGUUGCAAUUUUGGAGGCCAAACUAGGUGCAAAUGCAAGCAACAUAGCCAGUGAGAAGAAAAAUUCCAAAGCAUUUAAACAGAUCGACAACAUGGCAUCUCCUGUAAAGCCGGCAAAGCGAAGAAGGCAAAUCGGGACCUUUAAUGAUGACUUGGAGGCUGAAGAAACAACUAUAGCAUCUUCGCUCUGGAGCUCUAUUCAAGAAACGCUGAAAAACGGAUCUGGAUCGGAGAGCUUGAUGGAUGACUAUAUUUUGCUUCUUGCGAAUUCAGGCUCUACCUGCCUUAUAAAAAAGCUCCCCGGGAUCGGCGAAAAGAGAGCAAAUGCCAUCAUUGAUGCCAGACUGGCGGGAGGGGGGGCAUAUCGUUCGAUUUCCGAAAUGGAAAUUCGUUGUGACUUUAAACCAAAGCUCAUCUCGUCCAUCCGUCAAGCCCUUUUUGUUCAAGCACUGUAUGGCACUAGCGGUACACAGGCAAAAGCCGGAGGAAAGGAGAAUAUCCGAAAUUUGUAA